UUGUGGUGAGGUGACGUCACGAUCAGCUGAUCAGCAGCACUUCCUUGUUGAAUUUUGCGAUGUUUUGACGGAAACUGUCUGCAAAUCAGUGCUGGAUCGUCCUUCAUGUGAAUUAUCUCACAUUUAAAGCUCUGGGCGUUUUUACUCUGGAUACGUUUUCUUCAUGAAUACUUCGGAUAGUGAAGAGGACUCUUAUAAUGAGAGAUCCGCUCUCGUCCAAUCUGAAAGCCCAACAUUACCCAUAUACAACCAAGAUAAUGACAUGUCAGUGCCUCAGGACACAGAAACCAAACGGCGACGGCCCCUCAGCUCAGACCUGGGUGAGGCAGGUCAGGUGGAGAGAGAGCGGGCGGUCACACCUGAUGGGGAGGAAGAGGAACUGACGCUCAAAUACGGCGCCAAGCACGUCAUUAUGCUCUUCAUCCCUGUUACCCUCUGCAUGGUGGUCGUGGUGGCAACAAUAAAGUCUGUCAGUUUCUACACAGAGAAGAGCGGACAGCAGCUUAUCUAUACUCCUUUCGAAGAGGAUCCAAACUCUGUGGGUCAAAGGCUGCUGUCGUCCUUCCUCAACACCAUCGUCAUGAUCAGUGUCAUUGUUUUCAUGACCAUCAUACUUGUGGUGCUUUAUAAGUACAGAUGCUAUAAAUUUAUUCAUGGCUGGCUGAUUCUGUCUUCUCUUAUGUUGCUGUUCUGGUUUAGCUUCAUGUAUCUGGGAGAGGUGUUUAAGACGUACAAUGUCGCCAUGGACUACCCGACGUUAGCGAUGAUCAUUUGGAAUUUCGGCGUGGUGGGAAUGAUCUGCAUCCAUUGGAAGGGUCCUUUACUGCUACAGCAGGCGUAUCUCAUCAUCAUCAGCGCUCUCAUGGCUCUCAUCUUCAUCAAAUACCUGCCUGAGUGGUCGGCGUGGGUCAUACUGGGAGCCAUUUCUAUUUAUGAUCUGAUAGCAGUGCUGAGCCCAAAAGGCCCUUUGAGGAUGCUGGUGGAGACGGCGCAGGAAAGAAACGAGCCGAUUUUUCCUGCGCUCAUAUACUCGUCUGCUAUGGUUUGGAUGGUUGGAAUGGCAGAUAGUAAUCGGGAUACAGCCAGUGAAAGGCAGCUCGGUGAGGGCAGAGCCCAGUCACAGGAAGGGGUGGAGUCAGAAGAUGAUGCACCUCAAGGACAGAGACAGAGAUAUUCAGCACAAGAGGACCUUGAGGAAGACCGAGGGGUGAAACUGGGCCUUGGAGACUUCAUCUUUUACAGUGUCCUGGUGGGAAAGGCGGCCGCCACAGGAGGAGACUGGAACACAACGCUGGCCUGUUUCGUGGCCAUUCUCAUUGGACUGUGUUUGACCCUCCUCUUGUUGGCCAUUUUCAAGAAGGCUCUCCCGGCUCUUCCCAUCUCCAUCACGUUCGGUCUGAUCUUCUACUUCUCCACGGACAAUCUGGUACAACCCUUCAUGGACAGCCUGGCAGACCACCAAUACUACAUCUGACAAAAUCCCACAGGACUUUUUAAGAACACAUCUUAAAAUAAGAUUCAGAUGUUUUUUUAUUUUUAUCUGAGCUUUCAGUCUGAUAUGGAGGACAAAAAUGUCGACAGUGUUUCAAAACAAGCAAAGCUUUUACAGUUGUGAGUUGUGUAGGUCACACAGCACUUUUGGUCAAUACGGAGCAGCUCUGUGAAGUAUACAAUAGUGUAACAAUUUUUUUUUGUGUGUGUUUCAUGACAAGGUAAGACAGGUGUCGGUAAGCUUUUUGCUUCGUGAAUAAUGAUUUUCAAAACAAGAAGGAAAAGUUUGCUGCUAGGAGUGCCAGAGUUUACUGCGUUAGUGCAUAAUAAACUGACGACAUAACACAGGUUUGCAAAGUUUCAUUUUUAGUUUAAAAUGUUAAGUAGUUUACUUUUCCUAGAAAGCAAUUUUGUGUUAAAAGAUGGCUAAUAGGUCUAAAGGUUUCUGUCAAUUUUAAAUAAAUUAAUGAUAAAAAGUAAAACCAGCUUUACCAUUUUAUUAUAGCACACAGUACGCAAAAUGUAAGCCAUUAAGUAUUUAAAAUAUUUAAUUUUCAAGGUGAUAAUGCAUCUGUUUUGUCAAAUUAAAAAAAUAAAAUGUUAUUGAUGAUUUGAUAUUUAAUUUUCACAACAAUCUCGAGGCAAUAUUUAAAAUUGGCAGAAUCCUUUCAUAGAAACUUUACUUUUGGCUGUCAGUCAUCAGUAAAAAUGUCUCAAAAAUUAUUUUGACAAAGUGUAACCAAAUUCAAGUUUAUAUUGGCUAAAAGUGGGAUACUCAUAGCCAGAAUAUUUCAGGUUUAUACACUGUAAAAAGUAAAAGUUGGAUAAACUUAAAAAAAAUACUUCAAUUGGUAUCGCCUAAAAAAUUGUUUUUUCAACUUAAAUUUUCUCACUUCAAGGUAAACAUUUUAUUUGAAAAUAUUUAAAUAUUUUAGGUGUUACCAAUUAAAAGUAUUUUUUUUUUUUUCGUUUAUUCACCUUAAAAAUUUUUUUACUGAAAUUUAAGUUUAUAAAUUUCUUUUUUUUAGGUGUCACCAAUUCAAGUAAUGUUUUAAGUUGAUUCAACUUUUACAGUGUAAGUUAACCUAGACAAUGAAUGCUUGCUGGGUUGGUUUACCGUUACUUAUUGUUUUUAAUUUAAUAAUUUUUUUUUGCUCCAGUUAGGUUGCUAAUACAACUUUUAAAAACAUUUUUUAUGUAGGGGACACAAUAGACACAUUCAUAGGUAUCAAUUUACCAAUUUAAAUAGGGUCUCAAGUUUGCAGUGAUCUAGAUCUUAGAAAGUCACUGUCAAAUGUUAUAUGCCGAGAAUACUUUGCCGGUUCAUAUAUGUACAUUGUUGGUGCCCAUGUUGUUUUUCUGUGCUACUGAAAAGACAAAACUUAAGUUGCAAUGUUGUGAUAACAUGUAAACAGGUCGGUAGCAAUGUUUUUUUCUUGCAGUUUAUAGAUUUCCCAGCAACCUAAAUGUAACCCUGUAAAAAAUAAUAUGCAUCCUAUUAUAUUUUGAUACAUAAGAAUUCCCUUUAUAUAUUUCUCCUUAACUAAGAUUGAGCUAAUUUACUGUACGAACAUACACUGAGUUUUAUAAAUUAUGCUUUUUUUAUCAGUCGACUAAAUUGCAACAAACCGGACUUGUUGAUUAUGGUUACUUUGGUUUAACAGCUCUUUAAAACUGAUGUGAGUGGUGCUUCGAGGAUAUUUUGCAUAUACUGAGUGUGUUUAUACUUUAUACUGAAUAAAUUAUAUUUACAAAUUUGAAUUUUAUAUGUUCAUGGAUAUUGUUUCAAUUACUAGUUCUGUUUAUUUUCAUGUGCAAUGCUCAAUGUCGUGUAAUAAUAAAAUAUCAAUCAAGCAAAUUAUGUAGAAU